GGUGGUGCUGGGCGGUGCUGGGCGGCCCCAUCCCGCGGUGCUUUAAACGGGGCCGAUGCAGGGCGCGUCCCACGGCACCGCCCUGCGCUUCCCUUGCUCCGCCAUGGCGGAACCGCAACCUCAGCCGCCCCGCGCCGCGCCGGAGGAGGCGGGGCCCGGGCAGGCCGCGGCGGGGUUACGCGGUGCGGCGGGUGGAGCCGGGAAGGGGCGGCGGCGGCAGCGGAAGAUGGCGGGAUGCGGGUCCGGGCUGUGCUGCUGCUGCUGCCCGCGCUGCUGCGGAGAGCGGGAGAGCCGCACCCCCGAGGAGCUGACAAUCCUAGGGGAAACUCGUGAAGAGGAGGAUGAGAUCCUUCCACGCAAGGACUAUGAGAGCUUGGAUUACGAUCGUUGUAUCAAUGACCCAUACUUGGAAGUUUUGGAGACCAUGGAUAACAAGAAGGCCCAGAGAUACGAAGCAGUGAAGUGGGUGAUGGUUUUUGCUAUUGGAGUCUGCACAGGACUGGUGGGCCUUUUUGUGGAUUUCUUUGUACGGCUCUUUACCCAGCUCAAGUUCCAGGUGGUACAAAGCUCGGUGGAAGAAUGCACUGAGAAAGGCUGUCUUGCAUUGUCCUUGUUGGAGCUGCUGGGGUUCAACCUGACCUUCGUUUUUCUUGCCAGCCUUCUGGUUCUGAUCCAACCUGUAGCAGCUGGAUCAGGGAUUCCUGAAAUCAAGUGCUACCUCAAUGGGGUAAAGGUUCCAGGGGUUGUGCGUCUCCGGACAGUGGUGUGCAAAGCUAUGGGAGUGCUCUUCAGCGUGGCAGGAGGUCUUUUUGUCGGGAAGGAGGGUCCAAUGAUUCACAGUGGUGCUGUCGUGGGUGCGGGUUUGCCACAGUUCCAGAGCAUCUCUUUGAGGAAGAUCCAGUUUAACUUUCCCUAUUUCCGCAGUGACAGGGAUAAAAGGGAUUUUGUAUCUGCUGGAGCUGCUGCAGGGGUUGCUGCUGCCUUUGGAGCACCAAUUGGGGGCACUCUUUUCAGCUUGGAAGAAGGUUCUUCUUUCUGGAACCAGGGACUUACAUGGAAAGUGCUUUUCUGUUCCAUGGCUGCCACCUUCACCCUGAAUUUUUUCCGCUCUGGGAUUCAGUUUGGAAGUUGGGGGUCUUUCCAGCUCCCUGGGCUGCUGAACUUUGGGGAGUUUAAGUGCUCAGAGUCUGAUAAGAAAUGCCACCUCUGGACAGCUGUGGACUUGGGCUUCUUCAUUCUGAUGGGGAUUGUAGGAGGCCUUCUUGGUGCCACCUUCAACUGCCUGAACAAGAGACUUGCCAAGUACCGCAUGCGGAACGUGCAUCCCAAGCCAAAGCUGGUCAGAGUCUUGGAGAGCCUGCUGGUGUCAUUGACUACCACAGUCGUCGUCUUCAUAGCCUCCAUGGUUCUGGGAGAAUGCCGGCAGAUAUCUUCCACUGGUCAUAGUGGCAAUGACACUCUGAAUCUGCAGGGUAUGUCAGAGGAUGUGAAUUCAAGCAUUAAAACUUUUUUCUGCCCAAAUGAAACCUACAAUGACAUGGCCACACUCUUCUUUAACCCUCAGGAGUCAGCUAUCUUGCAGCUCUUCCACCAGGACGGUACUUUCAGCCCAGUCACACUGUCCUUGUUCUUCCUUCUCUAUUUCUCACUCUCCUGUUGGACAUAUGGGAUCUCUGUGCCCAGUGGUCUUUUUGUGCCAUCACUGCUUUGUGGGGCUGCCUUCGGACGCCUGGUCGCCAACCUCCUCAAAAGCUACAUUGGCCUGGAUCACAUCUACUCAGGAACUUUUGCACUGAUUGGGGCAGCAGCAUUCCUGGGAGGAGUGGUCCGCAUGACAAUCAGCCUGACUGUCAUCCUAAUUGAAUCCACCAACGAGAUCACCUAUGGGCUCCCCAUAAUGAUCACCCUCAUGGUAGCCAAAUGGACAGGAGACUUUUUCAACAAAGGCAUCUAUGACAUCCAUGUGAACUUGCGAGGAGUGCCUCUGCUGGAGUGGGAAACCGAGGUGGAAAUGGAUAAACUGCGAGCCAGUGACAUCAUGGAACCCAACUUGACCUAUGUCUACCCACACACCAGGAUCCAGUCCCUUGUCAGCAUCCUGCGCACAACUGUCCAUCAUGCCUUCCCUGUAGUGACUGAGAACCGGGGCAACGAGAGGGAGUUCAUGAAGGGAAAUCAACUGAUAAGUAAUAACAUCAAAUUCAAGAAAUCCAGCAUCCUCACCCGAGCCGGAGAGCAGCGCAAGCGCAGCCAGUCCAUGAAGUCCUACCCCUCGAGUGAGUUGCGUAAUAUGUGUGAUGAGCACAUAGCGACGGAGGAACCACCAGAAAAGGAGGAUCUGCUGCAGCAGAUGCUAGAGAGAAGAUACACUCCCUACCCCAACCUGUACCCUGACCAGUCUCCCAGUGAAGAGUGGACCAUGGAGGAGCGCUUCAGACCUUUGACCUUCCAUGGCUUGAUCCUGCGCUCACAGCUGGUCACGCUUCUUGUCAGGGGGGUUUGUUACUCCGAGAGCCAGUCGAGUGCAAGUCAGCCUCGUCUGUCCCAUGCAGAGAUGUCAGAGGAUUAUCCCCGUUAUCCAGAUAUCCAUGACUUGGACCUCACGUUGCUGAACCCUCGCAUGAUAGUGGAUGUCACCCCAUACAUGAACCCAUCACCCUUUGCUGUCUCUCCAAAUACCCAUGUGUCACAAGUCUUCAACCUGUUUAGGACGAUGGGACUCAGACAUUUACCAGUUGUGAACGCAGUUGGAGAGAUUGUUGGGAUAAUCACUCGGCACAACCUGACCCACGAAUUUCUGCAGGCAAGACUGAGACAACACUAUCAGAGCAUUUGAUGCCCCUGCCCACCCUGCCCCACUGUCGGUGGCUACCUCCCUCUUCCAAGCCUGCACACGCGCUCGCAUUCCGCUUGGACCCCUCAAGGCCCAAGACUUGCCGUUUGGCUUCUCACAUGCAUAUCAAGCCUGGGGAGCUGGAAAACACCUUGCUAGCCAGAGAAUUAGAGGAGCUGCCUGGGCCCAGAGCUAUUGGUUGGUCUCAGGCACUUGGUUUGACCACUUUUGAUCCAGGUUUUUUUCUUUUCCUGUGCCCCAGUUAUCUCCUUUUGUCAACUGUCCUGACACUGUAUGUUCUGCUAUUUUGGUUUUGGGUUUGUUGUUUUUUUUUUUGAAGGGUUGGAAAAAGAAUCAUCUAUCUCCACUGUGUCCUAUGCAGGAAACUUCAGCAUCUUUUCCCUGUCUUCCUGUAUGCGUCGUUUUUCCUCUUCGUCCCUUGCUCCUGCAAUUGUUGCCUUAUUUGUGUGAGAAGGGAGUCACUGUCAGGGCUGAGAGAGGAGAUAUUGGAGUUUGCAGUUAUCAAAUAGCUGCUCUGGAGGAUGCCUUUUCUCAGAAGCAGUAUUACAAAAUCCAGCUCUGGAAGUACACCUCUUUGCAGGUGUUCCCAGUUGUCCAUCUUUUCCACUCUGGCUUCAUUUGUUCCUAAUUUCUCUCCUUUUUUCAUAGGAAAGUGUCCCUGCUGUGUUGUUUUUGACAGCAGCUGGCUUUUGAGAGCAGCUCAGCAAAUCAGGAGUUCAGUUCAAUUCCAGUUACUGUUUGAGAUUAUAAAUAUUUAAUACAUUUGCAGAGCAUCUCAGAGAAGGGAGAUCUCUUUCCCUCUUAGCUAUUGUUAUUAUCUCCCUGUAAGAGACUCUUCUAAGGCACUUUGUGGCACUUCACUUUGUCACUAACCCGGCACUCCUGCAUUUCUUGGCAUUUGUAGGCACUUUGUCCUUGUACUGAUCCAACAAUGAGAGCCUGGGACACCUUUCCAGCUAGGGUUAGAGACCAGGGAAUCUGCAUCUUCAGAGCUUGAUAAGGUGUUGCCUUCUGGGGGCUAAUAGAACUGUUGCCCUGUUUCUGGGCUUGGUUGAAUUAUCUCUGUUGAGACGAGAGCCAGUAUAACUUAAAGCUGUCAUACAGGAGGGAUACUUGGAGCUGGUGACUAACAGGCAGGAUUUUCUGCAGGAUGAUAAGUGGGGCUGUCUGUGCUCUAAAAAUGCUUGGGAUAAUGCUUGCAAUAGCAGCAGCCACGUAUCUAGAAGGGUAAAAUCAGCACUUAGAAGCCAGUUGCAGCCAGUUCAGUGCUUUAGCAGGUACCAUCCUGGCCAGCACCUGUAUUGUUCAGCAGGCACCUGCCCUCCUGAGUUUUGCAUAGAGAUAACCCUCAGUGGGAAGCCAGCACUGUGCCUCCAGGGGCUGCAGAGCUGAUUGGCUUGAUAAAGCACAGAGCAUUCUCUCAGCCAAGAGACUGGGCCAAGUAUCAUGGGGAAUGUAUCCCAGAAAAAGCUUCUACACAGCCUCUGAGCACUCCAGUUAACCUGUUGUCUGCCAUAGAUGGGAGCUGUGGCAGAGGGAAAUCAGACAUUAUUGUAUUCUCUGAAUUCAGAAUCUCAUCUGUAGUGAAGUUUUUCCUGACUAAGCCUGAAGAAGUUGUGCUCUUUUCCUACAGGUAUCAAAACACUAGAUCUGUUAAAACAGCCUCAUUGACUGGCUUUGUGGAAGCUGAUUGUUCCAGGGCAUUGCUCUGCAAGCUGUUGCCUGCUGAGCCCUGCUACAGACAGGCUUGUGAGGAGGUUUUGUUCUCAGGUCACCAGGUCUUGAGGUAGAACUCUCGAAGUCUCUGGCACUCUUAGAUGUUCAUGGAGUCUUUGCAGUCUGGAUGGUUGGUAGAUGUAUUCUGUGGCUGUGCUUGCAGUGAAGACAGCUGAAUCAUGGGAAACUCUUGAACUUUGGCCAGCAGAUAAGAGAAAACUUGGAUUUAAAGUGGUUCCUAGGGCCAAGUUUUAGCAUAGAAUUUGUCCUUAUGCAGUGCAUGGCUUAGCUGGAAAGCUUGGGUUUAGCACAGCUGUUUGUAAGCACUUAGAUUCUAAUUUUUAUUCCUCUCCAUUGACAUCUGGAGGCCUUUUUUCCACUUGGUGUUGUCUCAAACCUGCUGCUGUAUUAGGAGAUGAAGGGCACAUCUUUGUUUUCAAGAAUGGAUUUAUACCAUUUCCACCAAGGGAAGUGAGCUGUGGUACAUGCAGUGGCAGUUGUGGCAGAGGAAGCU